ACAGAAUUUCUAAUAAAUUUUCGAGGUUAGGAUUUUUUCAAUUAAAUAGAAAUGCUUCCGUUAUCUUUAUUGCGUACAGCACAAAACCAUCCAAUGCUUGUUGAGCUUAAAAAUGGUGAAACUUACAAUGGACACUUAGUAAGUUGUGAUAAUUGGAUGAAUAUCAACUUACGAGAAGUUAUUUGCACUUCACGGGAUGGGGAUAAGUUUUGGAGAAUGCCUGAAUGCUACAUUCGUGGGAGUACAAUCAAAUAUUUGAGAAUCCCUGAUGAGGUUAUUGAUAUGGUGAAGGAAGAAACCGCAGUUAAAAAUCGUGGGCGGGAUAAUAAAGGAGGGCGAGGUGGGCAAAAUCAAAGAACAAGACCAGCCGCGAGGGGCAAUUUCGGUGGCGGUAACCGUGGUGGAAAAGGAAAUGUAGGAAAAUUUCCAAAUAAAAAAAUGAAACAAUAAUUAGUUAUAAUUUAUAAUUAUUAUUAUAAUUUAU